GGCAAAAAAAAAAGUAGAAAUUAUUGGAUAAAUUAAAAUGUUCGUUUUGAAAAAUUUUGUUUUUUAAAUUAUAACAUUUCGAUUAUGUACUAAAGUGACGAUAUUGGUGCGAUCGUUAACUGGAAAUUAGAAGUUUUUAUGAAUUUGACAGCUGAUAUAGUUUUCAAUUUCAUUACACAAAAUUAUUUAAAUACCUGAAAUAAAAAGAAGUUUUCAAAGUUGCAAGUACAAAAAGACGAAUAUGGAACCGUACAUAAUACAGAUCUUUCACUUCCAAAUUAGAAACAAUUGAAAGCUGAGCGUUAUCGACGUCGGAGUCGGCAGGUUCUUACGAUUUUUGAAUAAUUUUGAGGAGUGAAUCUGGGUAGCGAUGGGUGAUAAAAAUGUUGAUGAGUUGGCCACCGCCAUCCUGAAAAGGAAGGAGCGUCCCAAUCGUUUGAUCGUUGAAGAGGCGGUCAGCGAUGACAAUUCCGUCAUCUGCUUGUCCCAAGCUAAAAUGGACGAGCUUCAACUCUUCAGGGGAGACACAGUCUUGCUGAAAGGUAAGAGAAGGAAAGAGACAGUUUGCAUCGUGCUGUCCGACGAAACGUGCCCGGAUGAAAAAAUUCGGAUGAACCGCGUUGUCAGGAAUAAUUUGCGCGUUAGGCUCUGUGACGUCGUCUCCAUUCAGUCCUGCCCGGACGUGAAGUAUGGAAAGAGGAUUCACGUCCUGCCAAUCGACGACACUGUCGAAGGGCUUACAGGAAACAUCUUUGAAGUAUAUUUGAAACCGUACUUGCUGGAAGCUUACCGCCCUGUACAUAAAAAUGAUACGUUUAUUGUAAGAGGAGGAAUGCGUGCUGUUGAAUUUAAGGUUAUCGAGACCGACCCUCCACCAUAUUGUAUCGUCGCUCCCGACACUGUUAUCCACUGCGACGGUGAUCCGAUUAAACGUGAAGAAGAGGAGGAAGCCUUGAACGCCGUCGGAUACGACGACAUUGGUGGUUGUAGGAAACAGUUGGCUCAGAUAAAAGAAAUGGUUGAAUUGCCUUUGAGACAUCCGAGUUUGUUUAAAGCUAUUGGCGUUAAGCCACCGAGGGGUAUCUUGCUGUAUGGCCCUCCUGGGACAGGUAAAACGUUGAUCGCUAGAGCCGUUGCCAAUGAGACAGGCGCUUUCUUCUUUCUAAUAAACGGGCCCGAGAUCAUGAGCAAGCUUGCUGGUGAAUCCGAAAGCAAUCUCAGGAAGGCAUUCGAGGAAGCUGAAAAGAACGCCCCUGCUAUCGUUUUUAUCGACGAGCUCGAUGCUAUUGCUCCCAAAAGAGACAAAACGCAGGGUGAAGUGGAGAGGAGAAUCGUUUCACAGUUGCUCACCCUUAUGGACGGUCUCAAGCAGAAUUCGCACAUCAUCGUCAUGGCCGCGACCAACAGGCCCAACUCCAUCGACGGAGCUUUGAGGAGAUUCGGCCGUUUCGACAGGGAAAUCGACAUUGGAAUUCCGGACGCUACCGGGCGUCUGGAAGUGCUGAGAAUCCACUCGAAAAACAUGAAGCUGUCCGAAGACGUCGACUUGGAGCAAAUCGCAGCAGAGACCCACGGUCACGUUGGGGCCGAUCUCGCCUCACUUUGCUCAGAGGCUGCCCUUCAACAGAUCCGUGAGAAAAUGGACCUUAUCGAUUUGGAAGACGACACAAUUGAUGCCGCCGUUCUUAAUUCACUGGCGAUUACAAUGGACAACUUCAGAUAUGCAAUGAGCAAGAGCAGUCCAUCUGCAUUGAGAGAGACCGUAGUGGAAGUACCAUCAGUGACAUGGGAGGAUAUCGGAGGUCUGGAUGGAGUCAAAAGGGAACUCCAGGAACUUGUCCAGUAUCCCGUGGAGCAUCCAGAAAAGUUCCUCAAAUUCGGUAUGCAGCCUUCUCGUGGUGUUCUAUUCUACGGUCCUCCAGGUUGUGGUAAAACCCUACUCGCUAAAGCCAUCGCAAACGAGUGCCAGGCCAAUUUCAUUUCUGUAAAGGGUCCAGAGUUGCUUACAAUGUGGUUCGGAGAGUCUGAAGCCAAUGUCAGAGACAUUUUCGACAAGGCCCGUGCUGCAGCCCCCUGCGUACUCUUUUUCGAUGAGUUAGAUUCCAUUGCCAAGAGCAGGGGAGGAACCGUCGGCGAUGCCGGUGGAGCCGCUGAUAGAGUAAUCAAUCAAAUUCUUACAGAAAUGGACGGAAUGGACGCGAAGAAAAAUGUGUUUAUCAUUGGAGCUACGAAUAGGCCAGACAUUAUCGACCCGGCUAUUCUCCGUCCUGGUCGUCUCGACCAACUGAUCUACAUCCCGCUUCCAGACGAGAAGUCGCGUGAAAUGAUUUUCACUGCUAAAUUGAGGAAGUCUCCAAUCGCUCCAGAUGUUGAUUUGAAGUACAUCGCCAAAGUGACACACGGUUAUUCAGGUGCCGAUCUGACCGAAAUCUGCCAAAGAGCGUGCAAACUGGCAAUCAGGGAGUCUAUCGAGGCCGAGUUAAGAAAAAACGUGCAAGCGGCUGACGUACCACCUGGCAGGGAGGCGAUGGAAGAGGAAGACCCUGUUCCGUGCAUCACUAGAAGCCACUUUGAGGAAUCGAUGCGAUUCGCCCGGAGGUCCGUCACCGACAAUGACAUCCGUAAAUACGAAAUGUUCGCCCAGACUUUGCAGCAGUCACGAGGAUUCGGAAACAAUUUCCGUUUCCCAACAGCCACUUCGGGCACUUCUGCCACCGCCCCAUCCGGCACAUCGGGUGCUGGCCCCGAGUUCCAGGACGACGGCGAUGACGAUCUUUACAAUUAAAUGAAACAAAAUCAACAGACAUUCUGUAUUAAUAUAAAUACUUUUUAUAUCAUAAAUAAUAAACUUUUUUUAAUCGAGGGUUAAAACAAUGUUCAAGACUGCGUGUUACCUUUUCUAUGUAAAAUCUCAACUUUCGUAGCUUUUAAGAAAGUAUUAAGCUGUUCAUGUAUCUUAAGUAAUUUAACAUUGUGAUACAAAUUAGCAGUUAA